UCCCAAAACUUUCUGUCACCAAAUAAUACAAUAAUUUGGCACAUAUUAGUCCAUAUAUUGGAUGGACCCGGCUGAAUGUGCAUACUACUUGACCAUUACAUCGAUUCCUAAAUAUGCUUCGGAAAAUCAAUUGCUUUUUCCAUCAUCCCAAACAUGUCUCAUUUUCUUCCAUCUCUAACCCAUGUACCCGCCAACUUUCCCUUUCCUCCUUCCCGCCAAGCUCACUAUAUUUGAAAUCUCUCUGCUCCAACGGACAACUAAGAGAAGCCCUUCUCGAGAUGGCCCUUCAAGGCCCUGAAAUGGGGUUCGACGGUUACGACACGCUUUUAAACGAGUGCGUGAAGCAAAGGGCCAUCAGAGGAGGCCAAAGGGUCCAGGCCCACAUGAUCAAAACCUGUUAUCUCCCUCCUGUUUACCUCAGGACCAGGUUGAUUGUAUUCUAUACCAAGUGUGAGUCUUUGGGUGAUGCGCGGAGAGUACUCGAUGAAAUGCCUGAACGGAACGUGGUGUCGUGGACAGCCUUGAUUACGGCUUAUUGUCAGAGGGGUCAUUCCUCCGAGGCCUUGAAUCUCUUUGUACAGAUGUUGAGAUCAGGUACAGAGCCUAAUGAGUUCACCUUCGCUACUGUGCUUACUUCUUGUAUUGGUUCAAAUGGGCUUAACCUGGGAAGGCAAGUCCACUCUUUCAUAAUCAAAACAAGUUUUGAAUCCCAUAUAUAUGUUGGAAGCUCACUUCUUGACAUGUAUGCCAAAGCUGGUAAAAUUCAUGAAGCUCGCGGUAUUUUUGAAAGCUUGCCGGAAAGGGAUGUUGUUUCUUGUACUGCUAUUAUCUCAGGCUAUGCCCAACUUGGCCUUGAUGAAGAGGCACUCGAGCUAUUCCGUAGGUUGCAGAUGGAAGGAAUGAGUUCAAAUUAUGUCACUUAUGCCAGUGUUUUAACUGCAUUAUCUGGGCUUGCUGCUUUAGACCAUGGCAAGCAAGUUCACAGCCAUGUUCUUCGUUCUGAACUGCCCUCAUAUGUGGUUCUUCAGAACUCUCUGAUUGAUAUGUACUCAAAAUGUGGAAGUCUUACCUACUCAAGAAGGAUCUUUGAUAGUAUGCCUGAGAGAACUGCUAUCUCAUGGAAUGCAAUGCUCGUGGCAUAUAGCAAGCAUGGGAUGGGAAGAGAGGUGGUUGAGCUUUUUGAAUUGAUGAGAGAUGAAAAUAAAGUCAAACCUGACAGUGUCACUAUCUUGGCUGUUUUAUCAGGUUGUAGCCAUGGAGGGCUGGAAGAAAAGGGGAUGGAUGUUUUCUAUGAGAUGGCAAAUGAGAAAAUUGGGGUUGAGCCAGAGAUUGAGCAUUAUGGGUGUGUUGUUGAUUUGCUUGGGCGUGCAGGCCAAUUAGAAGAGGCUUUUAACUUUAUAGAAAAGAUGCCUUUUGAGCCAACGGCUGCUAUAUGGGGUUCGCUUUUAGGUGCUUGUAGGGUUCACUCGAAUGUUGAGAUUGGGGAGUCUGUGGGUUGUCGGCUUUUAGAAAUUGAGCCUGAAAAUGCUGGGAAUUAUGUCAUUCUUUCCAAUUUAUAUGCUUCUGCUGGGAGAUGGGAAGAUGUAAGAACUUUAAGGGAGUUGAUGAAGGAGAAGGCUGUCAAAAAGGAGCCAGGAAGAAGCUGGAUUGAGCUCGAUCAAAUCCUUCAUACUUUUCAUGCAAGUGAUCGAUCCCAUCCCAGAAGGGAAGAGGUGUUUGCGAAGGUGAGGGAGUUAUCAGUCAAGUUUAAGGAAGCUGGCUAUGUUCCUGAUUUGAGUUGUGUUUUAUAUGAUGUUGAUGAGGAGCAGAAGGAAAAGUUACUCCUAGGCCACAGUGAAAAACUGGCUUUGGCCUUUGGGCUGAUUGCUACACCUAAAGGAAUGCCAGUUCGCAUCAUUAAAAACCUCAGGAUUUGUGUUGAUUGCCACAAUUUUGCAAAAUUUGUCUCAAAGAUUAAUGGGAGAGAAGUGUCUUUGAGGGACAAAAAGCGGUUUCAUAAAAUCGUUGGAGGGAUUUGUUCUUGUGGAGAUUACUGGUGAGUGGUGAGUAUUGAAGAUUCUUGAUGGGAAGCAAUCCAACGACCCCUUCAAUGAUGGAAUAGGGAUCCUCAAAUAUUACUCUCUGUUUUAAAAAGAGAAGUAAUAUGAUUCUUAGAUGAAGGAUGAGAUGAACAAACAGCCAUUGUCUGGAAGAAAAAAAAAAAGAAAAAAGGUCAUGCUGCAUUUAUAGAAAAUUGAGAAACUAUGUACGCAUGGACAUAAAGAUGGAUCUAGAUUGGAUUCUGACAUGAAAAAUUACUUGGAAGACAAGGAACCACCUAUGGUUUCUCUUGAGUCUUGUUGAGUUUAUCUUUGAAACGGCCUACAUAUAGAAUUCUUUAUGAUUGGAGAUAAAAGAAAAAGGCAGGAUAUACACUUCUUUAC